AUGAAAGAAAAAAUAUAAGAUAUUCAUCAAGAAGAAGAAUAAUAAAUUUAUUUUGAUUUAUCAUAUAUAGAAGUUGAUAGAAUUAUUUAUUCUAAUGAAUUGUUUCCAAUCAUUCACCCCAAAAAAUCUAAUGAAAUAAAAGGAAAAUGGAGUGAAAAUAUGGUUAUUUUUAUAUAAAAAUUACUUAAUUUUUCUAAAGAUGAAGAACAUUAUGGACUAGCUUUUAUGGAACCUGUUAAUCCUGAAAAAGAUGGAGUUCCUGAUUAUAAUGAUAUAAUUUAAAAUCCUAUUGAUUUCGGUACUGUUAUUAAUAGAGUUUAUUUGGACUUUUACUAAAAUUUUAAUGAUAUCUUAUAAGACAUAGGAUAAGUUUUUAAAAAUUGUAGAAUUUAUCACUAAGAUCCCAAUUCGUAUAUCAGAAUUUAAUACUCUUUAAAUUGGCUCAUAGAGUCCUGGUAUAAUAAAAGAAACGUAAUUUUGGCCGAUGAAAUGGGUUUGGGGAAAACAAUUUAAAGUAUUUCUUUUAUUAAUCAUUUAUAUACUUUUGAAAAUGUAAGAGGACCUUUUCUUAUUAUUGCGCCUUUGAGUACUCUUUAACAUUGGAAAAGAACAGUUGAUGAAUGGACUAAUUUAAAUGCGCUUUUAUAUUAAGAUGAAAAAGGAUAGGAUGGGAGAAAUUUUUGUGUAAACUACGAGUCUUUCUAUAUUGAUAUUUCCACUAAAGGAAACUUUGUCUUUUCAUAAGAAAUAUAUAAGUUCUAAGUACUUAUUACAUCUAAUUAGAUUUUUAUGAGUGAUCUUAAUAAUUUCAUUUUGGAUAUUCCCUUUUAGUUUAUUGUGGUUGAUGAAGCACAUAAAUUGAAAAAUUCAGAAGCUAAAUUUCUUUAAAAUUUAAAAAAAAUGCCAUGCAAAAGAGUAUUAUUAUUAACUGGUACCCCUAUUUAAAAUAAUACUGAAGAAUUAUGGACCUUAUUAAAUUACAUAGAACCUUAAAAAUUCUCUUCUUUAAAAGAAUUCAAAAUGAAUUUUGGCGAUUUAUAAACUGAAGAAUAAGUCAAUAACCUCCAAUAAACUAUAAAACCAUAUUUACUUCGUAGAAUGAAAGAAGAUGUAGAAAACAGUAUCCCACCAUUAUAAGAAACAAUAAUAGAUAUAGAAAUGACAACAAUAUAAAAAACAAUAUAUAGAGCUAUAUAUGAAAAAAACAAAGGGAUGUUAAAAAAAUAAUUUUCAUCACUAGUAAUGGGUGCAUCUUUAAAUAAUCUCGAAAUGUAAUUAAGAAAAUGUUAAUUCUAUUUGAAAUAAAAAUUAAUAAAAUACGAAAAAAUUGACGGUUCAAUUAAAUCCAAAGAAAGAUAAAAUUCAAUUGACCGAUUUAACGAUUUGACCAAAAAUAUUCACGUUUUUCUUCUCUCAACUAAAGCCGGAGGCCUUGGAAUUAAUUUAACAUCAGCUUCAAUAGUAAUUAUUUUUGAUUCUGACUGGAAUCCACAGAAUGAUGUUCAAGCGACUGCUAGAGCACAUAGAAUUGGUCAAACAUAGGAAGUUUAAGUCUAUAGAUUUAUUACUAAGAAGACUUAUGAAGCAGAAAUGUUCGAGAGAGCUUCUAAAAAGCUUGGAAUUGACCAGGCAGUAUUUAUGGGAGGUGAAUUUAAAAGAAAUAAUGGUGAAAAUAACAAUAAUAAAAAAAUGGAAAAAGAAUAAAUUGAAACAUUACUAAAAAAGGGAAUAAUCGGACUCCUAAAUGAAGAAGAAGAAAUAAAAAAAUCAAACGAUUUUUUCCAAGAUGAUAUAGAAUAAAUUUUAUAAAAAAAUAGUAGAAUUGCCCAAUAUUCAAUAAUUAAUGGAAAUUAUACAUUCCAAAAAAGCUCUUUUAUAGCUAACAAAGGAGACUCUGAUUUAAAUAUUGAUGACCCUAAUUUCUGGAAUAAAGUUUUAAAAGAUUAGGAGAGUAAAACUUUAGAUUUCUCAGAAAAAAUCAAUAAACCUUCUAGAAGAUUUAAAAAGAUCACACUUUAAGAUUUAUUAGAAGGAAAUAAUAAUACUAAUAUUUAAUCUAAUAACUAAUAAUAAUAAAAAUAAUAAUAAGAUAUAUAUAAAAAAUUAUGUUCUCUAUGUGAAUAACCUAAAUGUACUUUUUUUUGUUAAUCUUUUUGUAAAAGAAGUUUCCAUGAAUAAUGUAAAGAAACAAUAGAACAAAAAUAAAAUUUAAAAGAAAAAGCAGAUAUUUAUUACCCUAAAGAGUUAAAUUUUGAAGACCUAUAAUUAUAAUAAAUGACUAAUAACAAAUAUAUAUGUAUAGAUUGUUAAGGAAAUAUGGUUAUAUGCUUUAUUUGUAAAAAUUAUGGAAUUUAUAAUAAUAAUUAAAAAUUAAAGAAAUAAAAAAAUGACUCUGUAAAUAAAUGCUCUACUGCAAAUUGUAACAAAUACUAUCAUUUAAAUUGUAUUAAAAAUGCUCCUUUAUUUAAAUUUAUUGAUUCGAAUAAUAAAAGAUUUAGAUGUUCUUUACAUUAUUGUGCUUCAUGUACUUAAUCUGGAGAUUCUAAAGUAAUUUCUUAAUGUAUUAAAUGCCCUAAGGCUUACCAUUUAGGUUGUUUAAAUGGUGAGAAAAUUAAAAAAAUAAGCAAAAAAUAAAUGAUUUGUGAAUAACAUAACAAUUAAAUUAAUUUAAAAAGAAAUCCUACUAAAGAAAAAAACAUGAAAUAAAAAUAAACAAUUUCUAAAAAAAAACUCUAAAAAAUCAAAGCUAAAGAAAAUGCUAAAAUAGAAAUUUUAUAAAAAGAAAAAAGCUUACUCCCAUAUUAAUAUUUUUCUAUACCUUCUUAAAAAGAAUUUGAUUAUUUAAAAUAUACUAAAGAUUGGUGUAGAUAUUGUGGGGCUAGAUUUUCAAGUAAUUUUACUAAAGGUCCUUGGGGACCUAGAACUUUAUGUACAGUUCAUUAUAUUGCUUGGAAUUAGAAAAAAAAAUUAGAUUUAAGAAAAUAUAAAGAAAUACCUUUAUAGCCUAUUAAUCCAGACGAUCUUACUGAAUUAUCAUUUAUUAAUAGGCUUAAAAUUAAAUAUUAAAAUUUCGAUUUUAAAUUGGAAUUAGAAAAAAUGAUAAAUAAUAACUUAUUUUUAGUUGAAAAUUAAAUACAGGAAAAUAUAAAUGUUGAAAAUAUUAUAACUUAAUGA